GUCUAAAAUCUACCGAAAGCCCCAAGGAAUUAGGUCCUUCGGGUCCUCGUUCCUCCUCUAAACCCUACUCUCAAAAUUCCUUCAUGUAAAAAAAAUCCCCAAAUCCCCCUAAUCCCAAAAAAUCUCACAAUGGCGACCAAAAAACCCCAGCGAUCCCCCGCAGAGAUCGAAGACAUAAUCCUCCGCAAAAUCUUCCUCGUUUCUCUCACAGAUCCCCAACCCUCCGACCCCAAAGUCGUCUACUUGGAGCAAACCGCCGCUGAGAUCCUCAGCGAGGACAAACCCUUGCUCUUGUCAAAAGACCUAAUGGAGCGCAUCCUCAUCGAUCGCCUCUCCGGCGACUUCCCCUCCGCCGAUCCCCCCUUUGCGUACCUCGUCGGCUGCUACCAGCGCUCUGUCGACGAGCUCAAGAAGAUCUCGGCGAUGAAGGACCCGGCGGUCCGGUCGCAGAUCGAGGCUGCGGUGAAACAAGCGAGGAAGGUGGUAGCUUCUUACUCGAGAAUUCACGUUGGAAACCCUGAUGUGUUUGUUGCUGGAGCGGGGAAAGGCGGAGCUGCGCCGAGCUCGGAGCUGUUGGGCUUGAUCUUUUCGGAGGUUGCGAGCCCCAUGGAUGGGGAGAGCAGUUUGGCUUCGGAGCUGAGGUCGCCGCCGGGCUUUGUUGAUGAGUUCUUUAGGGAGGGGGAUUACGAUAGUUUAGAAUUGGUGUUGAGGGAUUUGUAUGAGAAGUUGAGGGGGAGUGUGGAUAGGGUUUCUGCAUUGGGGAACUUUCAGCAGCCAUUGAGGGCUUUGGUGAUGUUGGUCAAGUAUCCAAACUGUGCGAAGGCGCUGGUGAAUCACCUGAGGUGGAUUCCGAAGGAGAAGUAUCCGUGGGUCGGGGAAGGGAGAGUGAUGGAGGUUAUGAGCGUUUUGGGGGCUUUUCUGCAUGUAAGCGCCCUGCCGGAUGUUAGGGAGUUCAGAAGCAAACCGGAUGUCGGCCAGCAGUGCUUCUCAGAGUCAUCAACUCGAAGACCAGCUGAUUUAUUGUCAUCAUUCACAACAAUCAGAAGCGUGAUGAAUAUUUUAUAUGACGGCUUAGCAGAAGUUCUCCUCACACUCCUUAAAAGUGUAGAUACGCGAGAAAAAGUUAUGGAUUAUCUUGCAACUGCAAUUAUGAAAAACUCAUCGAGGUCUCGCAUGCAGGUUGAUCCGAUGCAGACUGCAAGUUCCGGCAUGUUUGUCAAUCUUAGUGCAAUAAUGCUUCGGUUGUGUGAACCCUUUCUUGAUGCAAAUGCGUCAAAGCGAGAUAAAAUUGAUCCAAAUUAUGUAUUUUUUAACAACCGCUUAGAUUUAAAGGAAUUGACUGCUAUAUGUGCAUCAUCAGAAGAAGUGACUGCAUGGAUAGGAAAAUAAAAAACGGCAAGACGCAUGAACAUUGCAUGGCAAAACGUUGAAGGAAGCCAUGCACUGCAACCCAUUGAAGCCACAACCUCCACGGGAAAGGAUAAAUAUUCGUUUAUUUGUGAAUGCUUCUUUAUGACUGCAAGAGCACUAAAUUUGGGACUAAUGAAAGCACUUUCAGAUUUCAAACAUAUAGUCCAAGAUUUGUCAAGGCAUGAAGAUGAUCUGUCCACCUACAAAGCCAUGAGAGAUCAAGGAGCUACUCCACAACUAGAGGAGAAUAUUAAGCGUUUGGAGAAAAUUAUUGAAAUCUUGUCACAACAGAAACUCUGCUAUGAAGCUCAGAUACUAAGGGAUGGGGCACUACUUCAACGUGCACUAUCUUUUUACAGGUUAAUGGUUGUAUGGUUGGUCAGCCUUGUUGGCGGGUUCAAAAUGCCUUUGCCGUCAAACUGCCCCAUGGAAUUCGCAUGCAUGCCAGAGCAUUUUAUUGAAGACAGCAUGGAUUUGCUUAUUUUUACUUCUCGAAUACCUAAAGCUUUGGAUGGGUUUGUACUGGAUGACUUUUUGAGUUUUAUUAUCAUGUUCAUGGCAAGCCCCUCUUAUGUCAAAAAUCCUUACUUGAGAGCAAAGAUGGUUGAAGUGUUGAAUUGUUGGAUGCCAGAAAGAAGUGGUUUAUCCUCCAUAGCGUCACUUUUCGAAGGACACCAGCUAUCUCUUGAUUAUUUAGUUCGAAAUCUUCUUAAACUUUAUGUGGACAUUGAGUUUACAGGUUCUCAUACACAGUUCUAUGACAAGUUCAAUAUCCGCCAUAAUAUUGCUGGGCUUUUGGAGUAUCUGUGGAAUGUUCCUAGCCAUCGUAAUGCAUGGAGACAGAUUGCAAUAAAAGAGGAAAAGGGAGUUUAUCUGAAUUUUUUGAAUUUCCUCAUCAAUGAUAGCAUCUUUCUUCUUGAUGAGAGCCUAAAUAUUAUUCUUGAGCUUAAAGGAAUAGAGGCAGAAAUGUCCAAUUCUGCUGAGUGGGAACGAAGACCAGCACAAGAGAGGGAGGAAAGAUUGCGCCUAUUUCAUUCACGGGAAAACAUAGUCCGUUUUGACAUGAAGCUGGCAAAUGAAGAUGUCGGGAUGCUAGCAUUCACAUCUGAACAAAUUCCUGCUCCUUUCCUUCUUCCGGAGAUGGUCGAACGGGUGGCAAGCAUGCUAAAUUACUUUCUCUUACAACUUGUUGGUCCUCAACGAAAAUCUCUUACUGUAAAAGAUCCUGAAAAGUACGAGUUUAGACCUAAGCAGCUGCUAAAGCAAAUUGUCGAGAUUUAUGUUCAUAUUGCAAGAGGUGACGGGGAUAACAUUUUUCCUGCUGCAAUCUCAAAGGAUGGUCGAUCUUAUAAUGAGCAGCUAUUUACUGCUGCAGCUGAUAUCCUUUGGAAGAUCGGUGGAGAUGGAAUGAUUAUUCAGGAUUUUGUUCAGCUUGGAGUUAAAGCCAAAACUGCAGCUUCUGAAGCAAUGGAUGCUGAGGCCAUUCUUGGGGAUAUACCUGACGAGUUUUUGGAUCCUAUCCAGUACACUCUGAUGAAGGAUCCUGUCAUUUUGCCCUCAUCAAGGAUGUCGGUUGAUAGACCAGUAAUCCAAAGACAUCUGCUCAGUGACAAUACUGAUCCUUUUAAUAGAUCACAUCUUACUCCAGACAUGCUGAUACCUGAUGUCGAGCUCAAGGCAAAAAUUGAAGAGUUUAUCAGGUCCCAAGCUUCAAAGAGGACAAAAUCCAUGACCAAUGCUGUGGAAGCAGGAGAUUCUUCCAAUGAUGUGGUCGCUAUGGUUACUGAACCCAGUGAAUGAAAUUCCUAUGCUAAAGCUUCCUCUCAUUAAGGUAUAGCAUGAUGGUUCCCUGCAUUUUAAUGUUUUUGUAUCCUUUAAAAAGGUGACCUCCCACCAAGGAUGGAUGUACUUGUACAUAUUAUUUGCCUUUUGGGUUUCCCUUCUGAGAGUAUGGGUGGGUUGGCUGAUAGGUCUUCAGUAAAGGUGUCUAAUUUGUUUUGUAUAAACUUGAUCCUAGUUGGGAAAGUUCGAUGUGUCCAUAGCACAUAGCAAUCUUAUCUUUUAAUUGUAAGAUUGUCCAAGAGUAAAUAUGCAUUUGACGUUUUUUUCGUUCA